UAUAUACCCACGCAUUUGGCAUCGCGGGAGCUUUUUCCCCAAUUUGAAACCUUAAUCCCCAAAUCUUGACGAUCUGCAUAUUCAUCCUUGGUCAGUUUUUGUUUGAAUCUGAACCGCAAUGGCCCGUACAAAACAAACCGCUCGUAAGUCGACUGGUGGAAAAGCUCCCAGGAAACAACUCGCCACCAAGGCCGCCAGGAAAUCUGCUCCUACAACCGGAGGAGUCAAGAAGCCUCAUCGAUACCGUCCUGGAACCGUCGCUCUUCGUGAGAUCCGUAAGUACCAGAAGAGUACAGAGCUUCUCAUCCGUAAGCUGCCAUUCCAGAGGCUUGUUCGUGAAAUCGCACAGGAUUUCAAGACUGACCUAAGGUUCCAGAGUCACGCUGUGUUGGCUCUUCAAGAGGCUGCAGAAGCAUACCUUGUUGGUCUCUUUGAGGACACUAACUUGUGUGCCAUCCAUGCCAAGAGGGUGACCAUAAUGCCCAAAGAUAUCCAAUUGGCCAGGCGUAUUCGUGGGGAGCGUGCUUAGACUCCUUUACAACUACUUGGUUUAAUUUUUGUUGCAAGGGGUAUGUAAAGAACCUCAUUUUUAGAUGAAGUUGUCAUGUUUUAGGCAGUUGCUUUUGAUAAAACGUAUUAGCGUGGGAUGUAAAUUCUCUAAUGAUUGUUUAUGGAUAUGGUAUUUUUAGUUCGAGCUUGUUGCA